AACGAGAGCGCGGGCGGUAGGCAAGGGGAGGAGGCAAGGCCCGUGUCGGUAAACACCUCCCUCCAAGCCUUGCAAGCGGGUAGCGGGUUUGGCUGAGAACGAAGCGAGCGAGCUGCGAGGCAGAGAGAGGAAGGCGUGAGGCAAGUGCGGGGAGGAAUUUUUCUUUUCACGCGGGCGGGCAAUAACGAAGGCGGCGCCAGGGAGGCAGUGGCGGCGGCGGCAGCAGCAGCAGCGCUGAGGGACGGAGCGGCGGGGGAUGCGAGGCCCGGAAUCUCCCACAAAGUUAAAUACAUGACUGUAAGAAAGAAGAAAUCUAUAUUGAUAGACUCUACUAUCAAAAACCUUCUCUUCAGUCUGCAAAGCCUUCAGCUUUUCUCUAUGCCAUGUUGUGUGACUGUUGUCCCAUGAGGAAUUUGUCUUCAUGAAGAUUCCUAAUAUUGGUAAUGUGAUGAAUAAAUUUGAGAUCCUUGGGGUUGUUGGUGAAGGAGCCUAUGGAGUUGUUCUUAAGUGCAGGCACAAGGAAACACAUGAAAUUGUGGCCAUUAAGAAGUUCAAAGACAGUGAAGAAAAUGAAGAGGUCAAAGAAACUACUUUACGAGAACUUAAAAUGCUCCGUACUUUGAAACAGGAAAACAUAGUCGAGCUGAAAGAAGCUUUCAGAAGAAGAGGAAAACUGUAUUUGGUGUUUGAAUAUGUAGAAAAAAAUAUGCUUGAAUUGCUAGAAGAAAUGCCAAAUGGAGUUACACCUGAAAAAGUAAAAAGCUAUAUUUAUCAACUAAUAAAAGCAAUUCAUUGGUGUCAUAAAAAUGAUAUUGUUCAUAGAGAUAUCAAGCCAGAGAAUCUCUUAAUAAGCCACAAUGAUAUUUUGAAGUUGUGUGACUUUGGCUUUGCACGGAAUUUAUCAGAAGGGAGCAAUGCUAACUACACAGAAUAUGUGGCCACCAGGUGGUAUCGUUCUCCUGAACUCUUGCUUGGAGCCCCAUAUGGCAAGUCUGUAGAUAUGUGGUCAGUAGGCUGUAUUCUUGGGGAACUUAGUGACGGACAGCCCUUGUUUCCUGGCGAAAGUGAAAUUGACCAACUUUUUACAAUUCAGAAGGUGCUAGGACCACUCCCUGCAGAGCAAAUGAAGCUUUUCUACAGCAAUCCCCGUUUCCAUGGGCUGCGGUUUCCUGCAGUUAACCAUCCACAGUCUUUGGAAAGGAGAUAUUUAGGAAUCUUAAGUGGUGUUUUACUUGACCUUAUGAAGAACUUACUGAAACUGGAUCCAGCUGACAGAUACUUAACAGAGCAGUGUCUGAACCACCCAGCAUUUCAAACUCAGAGGCUCUUGGAUCGUUCACCUUCACGGUCAACUAAAAGAAAACCUUACCAUGGAGAUAGUAACACCUUAUCCAACAGAACUCAAGCUAGCAAAAGUACUGCUGUACAGUCUCAUCACAGAUCAAACAGCAAAGAUAUACAGAAUAUAGGAGUUGGAUUGCAGAGAGAAGAAGUUCUUCCAUCAAAUGAAAGCUUUCUAAAUGGAAAUAUGCCUGUUGCUUCACAUAGCCCAAUGCUUUCAAAAAAGCCAACUAACGCUCCUGGAUCUGGAAGCAAGGAUCUAGCUAAUAACAACAUCCCACACCUCCUCAGUCCAAAAGAAGCAAAAACAAAAACUGAGUUUGAUUUUAAUUCGGAUCCCAAAGCAUCUGAUGGUCCAGGUACAAAAUACUUGAAGUCAAAUUCCAGAUCUCAGCACAACCGUCACUCAUUUAUGGAGAGUUCUCAGAGCAAAACUGGCACGCUGCAACCAGGCGAAAGGCAUAGCCGUCACAGUUACAUUGAUACUAUUCCUCAGUCUUCAAAGAGUCCCUCAUAUCGAACAAAGUCAAAAAGUCAUGGGGCUCUGACAGAUUCCAAAUCUGUGGGUAAUCUUUCUGAGGCCAGGGUUCAAGUUGCAGAACCAAACAACAGUCGGUAUUUUCCAUCCAGCUGCUUGGACUUGAACUCUCCUACCACACCAACACCUCCUCGCCAUGCUGACAACAGGACUUUGCUGAGUCCUUCUGCAAGAAAUAACAGAAGUGACGGUACGCUUGAAUCGCGAAGACCAUCUACAAGACAUUCCAAAACUAUGGAGGAGCUGAAAUUGCCAGAUCACAUGGAUGGAAGCCAUUCACACUCUUUAUCUGCUCCCCAUGAAUCUUUUUCUUACGGUUUAGGUUAUACAAGUCCCUUUUCUUCACAGCAGCGCCCUCAUAGACAUUCUAUGUAUGUGAGCCGGGACAGAGUGAGGACCAAGGGCUCAGAGGGUGGCUUAAGCGUAGGGCAAGGGAUGGCAGCCAGAGCAAACAGCCUGCAACUAUUAUCUCCACAGGUGCAGCAUAAGUCACUCACAAGAUCUGUUGGCUCCUCCCGUGAAGACUGUACAGAAGAUACCAGUAGGGGUGGAGCAUAUCAUGAUCAGCACACAGAUGAUGGAGCAUCCACAAAAGAAAAUAGACUUCUGUAUAAUGAUCCUGUACCUAGGAGAGUUGGUAGCUUUUACAGAGUCCCAUCUCCACGCCCAGAGGGAACAUUCCUAGAUAAUAGUGCCUCAAACAGAAUACCUUCGCUACCAGCAGAAAGUAGUAGUAUAACAAGCCACUCAAAGAGACAAACUGCUUUUGAUCCCUGGAAAAGUCCUGAAAAUGCUCAUUCUGAGCAACUAAAGGAAAAAGAAAAGCAAGGGUUUUUCAGGGCGAUAAAGAAGAAGAAAAAGAAAUCUCAAUCUACAGAAUCCACCAAGACGGAGAAUCCAAGCAUCAAGAAAUCACUCUUUCCACUUUUUAGUACAAAGAAUCACUUAAAGCAUAGCUCUUCUUUGAAAAAGAUUCCUGUAGUCACUCUACCUAUGAUGCCUGGGAGUGAUAGUCAGGAUCUUUUGGCAUUACAGAAAGCGAUGCACUCAUCUAAUCACCCUGGCAGCAGGCAGAAGGAUUGGCAUUCUGAUAAGAUGACAGAAAUCCAAAGUCAUAGCCAGCCUUUAAAAUCCCUCCGCAAGUUGUUGCACCUUUCUUCAUCCUCAAACCAUUCAAUUCCUUCUGAGCCUCGAUUCCAGCCCUUACCAAGUCAGCCAACUAAAACAUCUUUUUCUGAAGUUCGAAUUCAUCCCAUAAGUCAAGUUUCCUCCAGUAGCAGCAGCAACCUACGGCAGGAGUCCCAGUCAAAAGGCAGAACCACACUCCAGAUCCCGGGCCAGAUGGAACCCAGUUGGCAUGUUUCCCCAGUGAACAGGAGUGCCAAUGAUGGGACUUCAUACUCUGAUCAGAUGCCUUCUAAGAGUGGGCAAAAUGGUCAUACUUACAACCGAACAAAUAGAUCCCGAAUGCCAAACUUGAAUGAUUUGAAAGAGACAGCUUUGUAAUAAUACUCCAGGAAAUGCUAUUGCAGGGAUUUUAUCAGGGGGCAUGGCAGUGCUGGUGAUCGUGGUGGUAACUGAAUUCUCAGCUUUAUAAAAGGUGUGCAAUAUUGAAUACGUGGAGCUACUGUUUGUUACCACACCAGUAGGGAUCUUACAGUGAAAUUAUUAAUUGCCAUUCAUCUAAUCUCAUGACAAAAGAAUGUGCACUUCAGGGAGAAUGAACUUUUUUGCCCUUUUCUCUCAUUUUACAUUCCAGCUUAGUGCACACCUCCGUCUGUAUAGGCACUUCGGAGAGUUGAAAGAAAUGUCUUUAGACCUGUGCCCUUAUGAAAAAAAAAUAUUGCUGCCUAGAUUUAAUUUUUUUUAAAGAAACUGUGGGGUUUAUGUGAAACACUUGUAUCCCUAAUAAGGGUUUAAAGUUAAGUUGUAUGUUUUUAUUUGUUUUUUAAACUUCCAUAUUUGAUAGGGUUUGUAAUAUUUAUUUAUGAUCUACUAUUGUAUUGUUAUAAUCAUAUCUUAUGUUACAAUGUAUAGUUAUUUUGAGCUGUUUGAAACAUUGUGAUGCAGUGCAACAGCUACAGUAGUUUCUAUAAAAACUAACAUACAUAGAUUGCAUCAGGAGUAUUUUAUUAUAUACAUAAAUUAUAUAUAUGAAUAUAUAUAUAUAUAUAUACAGAUAUAUAUAAAUGGUAAAUAACUGUCUUUUUAAAAAUAUACUCAUUUAAAAGAAAAGUAUUGUUAUGACACUAUCUGCCAUAUUUUUAUACAUUUGUGAUAUAAAGUGCAGUAUUAUACUUCUAAUAAAAGGGAACUGAAUGUGGAUUGAAGUGUGAACUGUAAGAAGUUUUGCCCAGCUAGUACUAGAUGCAGUGUCAUUGCUGACAAAACAAAAUACAAUAGUAAUUCUCAGACUUUGCUCUUAGCUUGUUUCUGCAGGCAAUGGCUUAUCAAAAAUGGAAACCCUUAAAGUCAAUUGAAAAGUGAUAUAUUCCCCCCAAAAUGUGUGCUUAGCUUUUCCCAUUACUCUUAAUGGAAGAUGGGCAUCUGCAUUAUCGUGGUAGAAUCCCACCUUGUUACAGUUGUCCAUGCAGAAAAACUAACCUGUAACAAGUUAACGCAGAUCCUCUUCUGUUCAAUAUGUGAGGUGAAGACCAAAGAGCCACAGCAGGAGUUGCAAGUGGCAAGCCAAAGUUGGCAUGACUUAGCACUGUAAAUCAUGGUGAAAGGUUUUAGGCCUCUAUGUAUUCUUUGCACUUUGCUUGAAAUUGUACCGACCAGAAAGUAAAAUAUUGUAUUUAAAUGUAAGAGAGGAUGUGGCACUUCUAUUUUGUUUCUAAGAUUUAAUAAAAACUGUGACAUAAUAUUUGAAUAUGGAAAGCAACACUUUUUCUGCUAAGUUUGAUUUCCCCCUAUAUCACUUAUAAGAAUAUCUAUGUGGACAUUAAAGCUUCACUCUCUUCAGAGUGCUGGAUGUUUUCUAAUUUCCUAUAGAAUAUUAUUUUUAAAAAAUCAAGUGGACUUAUAGCAGAGUGUAUGUAGAGUCUAAUAUUCCGUUUGCUCACAAUUACUAUAACUCAGGAAAAAAAGAUAAUUGGAAAAAUGUUGGCCCAUUAUGGAGCUGGUAUAAAUGAAAAAAGAAUGAGACAAUAGUGUCAGAACAAUACAUGUUUUAAGUCUUAACUCCUCAGACUUACACAACUCUUGAAAGCAUAGCUUAGCCAACUAGUUGUGGUUUUUCUAGCAGUUUACUGCUUUGUCCUCCAAAAGAUUACCUGAAAAGCAGAAACUUGCUGGUUUACGUGGAUAUUUAGAAGUACAGACGAAUGGAAGAGAUGUACUCUUAUCUUUGCAGUACAUUAAAGAUAUAUGUGAAUUUUUAAACAGCAUCUGCAGACUUCAUAGUAGGAACAAAAUAUUUUUCAUUGUAAAAACCAAAAACUUGAGUUGGAAGGAUAGUAUAUGUGUCUGUUUCCUAUUUAGAAAACAGGUAUUAGAACAAUACAUGAAAUAAUGAGUGUGUUGUGGGGAAUAUGAGACCGUAUGAUGGAGUUUGUUUAGUAACUGGGUGUCAAUUUGAUUAAUAGAGUAUCUAUCUUCUAACAGUGUCCUUCACCCACCAACUGCCAAAUUGGCCUUACUAUUUGUUUUGAGACUGCAGCUCUGAGCAGUACUGUCUGCGUUACACUAGUUGUAGCUGUUUAAUUAUUGCUAAAUCCCAUUUUGAUUACUAAUACUUAUUACACUGCAGGCAAUUUGCACACACAAUUUUUUGUAAUGCUAUUUCUAGCUUGUGUGUGGAAGCCCUCUGCCUUGAAAAGAUUUAGCAUCAAAGUUAAGUAUAUCAGAAAAUCAUUAAUUGUAUUGUUGCUUUUAAAAUUAGUAUUGCCAUUUUCAAGGAUAAACCUGAAAGUAUCUGUCUGACUUUCAGGAGAAAGUGAAGAAAUAAUAUAAUUUUCUCUUUUUGUUAAAAUGAAAACUGUACAUCAUGCUUGAACACACACAGUUUCCAAUCUGUUAAUAUAAAGAGUAAGUCUUAUUUCAAAAGCCUUGCACUUAAUUUGGUUUAUGUAGCCAACUUGUAAUAUGUUAGACUUGUAAAUAUGCUAAGACAUCCAAAAAUCUUAUUAGGCUAAUGGAGAUUUGCUAGCAUCAGAAGAAGAGCAAAGCCUAUUACACAUUAAACUAUUAUUCAAGUGUGAGCUUUUCUCUUCGCUGAGAUUAGAAAAGUAAUUUGCUGUACUCUCUGUAGCUUUACCAAGGAUAGAGCAGCUAAACUUAGGUAUGUGUUUUGCUCUCUGAUGGUAUUCCUAGUAUAAAAUAAUCAGUGUCAUGUAUACUACUGGAAGGCAGCAUACAUUUUCCUGUGGGAUUGUAGGGAUAUUUUAAAUAGGGAAAAUAAAACUUUGAUAUAUUUAACAAUAUCUGUGGAACAAAUCUUUGAUACUUUUGCAAAAUUGUCCAUUCAAUAGCAUUUCGUUUGAAAGUGCCCAUAUUCCAAUAAAAUGCAUCAAAAACUGGCCUAAACAGUUUAUUGAAAGUAGAAUUUGGUAAACAUGCUGCUGAGAUUUUUAUUUUGGUAAACGUUGAUGAUAGUAAAAAGAGAAGCAAGUUAAAUUUUGCUUGAUUCUGAGUGUGGGGAAUGAGCAUAUUUUUAAGUUUUUUAAAAAAUUGUAAGUUGUAUUUAAAAUUUGAAAGAUUACUGAAAUUUAUGACUGAGAUCUAGCAUGUUUAGUGCAAGAGGUUUGAGAGCUGACAUUGGACAAGCUUAACUGUGACCAACUAUAAUAAUAAUGGCAGUUGGCUAGUUAUCCUCAAGCAUCAGGCACCCACUGGAUUUGGCUGUUGCACUACACUGCGAAUGAGACUCCUACAAGCAGACUGGCUUGUCACGUGAGCAGGUUGCCACAAUUGGUUAUCUCCCUUUAAAAAAACAACAACACACUACUUUGAGCAACAGACAAGAUCACUAGGGAAGGGCAAUGGCAGUCACUCCUUGUUUCUUGGAUUUGGCAUACAUUUAUUACAAGCAUUCCAACCCAGUACUUUAUAACUUCAACCCAAGAUCAGGAGGUAUGGUUUUCAGAUGUGUGUUUUAAAAAACCAUGUUCUGUUUUUAAACUCCUAUAUAAGAAAGCUUCCCAUAUAAAUCCCCAAAUAGUAUUGUGAUCAGCCUCCCGCUCCUGAUUCGUAACUAUUUUUUAAAAUAUAUAUAAAAAAAUCAUUUAUGUCCUAGAAGAGAAGUAUUGAUAGUCUUUAGUAUUUCAUUUGGCUUUUGUAUAGAAAACACAGUUAUUAAAAUGUUCUCUUCCAUUCUGCCAUCCCCCCACACCACAAAAGUAUGAGUAAUCCACAGUUUCCAGCUGCCUUAAAUAUAUCCAACUUUUUAUUUUUUACACUGUAUGGUAGUUCAGCUAAAACUGAAGGCAUUUGUAAAAUAACCAACAGAGAAGAACCAGGAAUCCAAAUAUUUUAAGGCUCCUUAAAAUACCAAAUUGAAUUAUGACCGAGAGCAAAUGUGAAAUUGGCAGAGAACAGGUAUAUCUGUGUCACGGUUCUAUUUGAGUAUUGGACUAGUGUUUGUUAGUUUUGCUCUGAGGUAGAAUAAUAAAACUUAGUCAGACAUUUGCCUAAAACACUCUCAACUGAGAAUGUGAAUGUGUAGCCUGACUCUUGCAUAACAGUAAUGCUAUGAUAAGUUUUUGUGUAUUUGUUUUGUGUGGUGGUGCAACUAUUCAGGCAUUAGAUGAACAUGCACAAGGAGUGUACAAUGGUUCUGUCUUAUAGUGCAGUUAUUUGAGCUAGGCUUGGUAUAUGUUGCAAGGAAAGCAUAUUACAGUAGUCUUCAAUAAACAUUCAAACAAUAUUAAAGUAUAUGUAAAAUUAAGAUUAUUUUAGAACAGCCUUCCUCAACCUGGUUCCCUUCAGAUGUUUUAGAGUACACGUCCCAUAAUUCCUGAUGAUUGGCCUUGCUUUUCUGGAGCUGACGAGAAUUGUAGGCCUCAACAUCUAGAAGACACCAGGUUGAGAAAAUGUUCUAGAAGAAAAGGUGCCUUUCCGUAUCCAAAUCCAUUCUCCUGUUAUUUUUUAUUAUGCCAGCUGGCUUACACAUGAGAAUUAGUAGCAGAUAAGGACAAAAGCCAUUUUUCCUAGUGUCUAGUAUAAUCCAGCUGCUGUUUAAGAACUUUUAAUACAACACAGUUGCAUACAGACAAAUUAUCAAAAUAAAUUAAUGUAUCUUUAUUUCCCAGUGAAUUCUCUUCAUUCAGCUACCGUAACAACAGUGUGAGAGCCUUUCCUCACAUGUCCGCGUGUGUCUGCUCACACAAACUCACUUAUUAAUAUUCUGCAUUAUAGAAUAAAAAUACCAUGGAAACAUAACUGACCAGUUUAUUAACAAAAUACUUAAAGGAAUUUUAUAUGUUAGCUGAACACAGUUCCAUUUACUUUUAAGAGUAAUGAAUAAAAGUUGACGUCACUCGCUUCAACGUAGCGGUGUAGAAGAUUUGCCCACUCCUAUGAAGUUUACCAUUAAAUGAGCAGCGCUUCUGGAAAAUGUCGAUUAAGUUCAUUCAGCCAAAUAAAGGUGACCAAGCUCUCUUAAACAAGCUGCUGCAAUACAGUACCAUUGCUUCUUGUAGCUGUUCGUAGAGCAUGUUUACUGAAUGUAUAGCUAAAUAGUUGUACACAGUUGUUGUUUGCUAGGACAUUGCUCAACACAGGACUUUUCAGUUACCUCUCUUGGUCAGUUAAUUACAAAUUAUAAUACGGAGUUUGCUUUACUUUCUUUUUGAAGAGUCCGGUCUUUCGGGGUUUUGGUCAGGAAUGGGGAACCUGUGGCCCUCCAGAUGUUGUUGAACUACAACUCCCAUCAACCCUAGCCAAAUUCCAGCAUGACCAGUGAUCAGGAAUUAUGACAGCUGUAGUCCAGCACCCAUCUGGAGAGCUGCAGGUUCCCCAUACCUGUUUUUAGACAGUGCUUAUAUUAAUUUUAAGCUGCUCAGUGCAUGCCCAUUGUUAAAUUGCUUUAAGGGGUCUUCCUUUAUUUCUUUAUGCUGGAUUGCCCUUUUUGUUUUGUUUUUCGCUCCGGGGGGAUGGACAUGAAAAUAUUUAAUUUCCCAUUCUGAAACAUUGUUAGACCAUUGUUAGAUUUUUGUCCAGGAUGUUCAUUUGCUCAUUUAUUUGCUAGAUUAUCUGAGACAUGCAUUUUUAACUCUCAUCAUAUUCCAGCAUAACCAUUAUCUUAAAAUGUGCUUUAAAAAACAAACAAACCACAAAAAUUUAGUCCACUGGACAUAAUAUGGAAAAUACAUCAUGUGGGGGUUAUUAUUUUUGAAGAGUCGGUAAAAUGCAUGGUGGCUUAAGAAAUGUAUGGAGCAUCACAAUUUAAUAUUUGCUAAUAGAAUCACCUGAGAUGUGUGCUAAUUCUAAGAUUGCAAAAUAUACAUUGCUGUAAUUAAUUCUAGUGGGAGGACUUAGAGUUCAUAAGUGGCGGGAAAUCUAUCCUCUUUAGAUUCUUUUUCUCCAACCUCAGUGUUAGAAGAAUUAAAGUGAAGGACAUACUAAUUCCAUAGUAGUACAUUUUGACCUAUAAAUUCAGGUUCUCUGGAGAAGGGGGAAAAAUGCCAAAUAGAGAUCUUCAGGGGGGAAUAGCUUUGACUAUUUAAUAUAUUUAGAAAUCCAGGACUGCUGAGAUCUCCAUUGUCAAAAUAUUGAAUAAGAAUUGUAGAUGAAAAAAUAGGGGAGAGGAUGCCUCUUGGAGAAGUUAAUAGCUUUAGGAAAGUCAAGGUAAACCCAAAAGAUCUAAUUAAAAAGGCAGAUUUCUUGGCUUUUGAAGCAUUAUAGGUAAAGAUUACCCACUUUCACUAUCCCUUUUUUAGAAAAUCUCAGAUGCGCAAACUUAAAAUCAACCUUGCUUUCUGUUAUGAAAAAGACGUUAUGUAAAUCUUUGAAUUAAAACUGAUUUUGAAAAUAUGUUGGGUAUUUGAAGAUUUCAUUCCAAGUUAAUAAACCAUCUGUAAAGUGUUUAUAGAACUCUUUGUAUCAUGUUGUGCUUACACCGUAUCAGAUUGUUUUCAGGCAUGUAUUCCAUUUUUAACUGCUGUAUAAUUUUUAUUGUUUAUGUAAAUAGUAUGAGAAAGAGAGACAGAAAUGAUCCUAUGUUUAAUCUUUAAUUAUCAGCAUGGGAAUUAUUCAUUUUUACUGAGCACAAUGUAUUUUUGAAUGGGCCUUCCAAAACAUGUCUUUAAUAAAAAUGCAGGUUUUGCACUAGAAAA